AUGAAAAACGGCGUCAACAGAUCUGAAAUGAUUCCAUUUCAAAGUUGUGUGGAGCAGUGCGGUUUGGUAGAUGUGAAGUUUUCAGGGAAUUUCUUUACUUGGAAUAACAAGCAAGAAGGUCGAGCCCGAGUCUAUGCAAAGCUUGACAAAGUAAUGGCAAAUGAACAAUGGCUGGAGAAGUUUCCUAAUGUUGAGGCUAAUUUGUUUCCAGAAGGGGAUUUUGAUCAUAGCCCAUGUUUGGUGACUUUCUCUUCAGAGUUGGAGACCCAAAAACCAUUCAGAUAUUUCAAUUUCUGGAGUAGUUAUACAGAUUUUUUUGAGAAGGUGUCAAUGAGUUGGAAUGAGGAUGUUACAGGGACUCCUAUGUACUGUUUAAUUAGCAAGUUAAAAAGCCUUAGGGGAGUUUUAGCUAAGAUUAAUAAAGAAGGAAAGGGAGAUGUGUUUGUUCAGGAUGCUGAGAAAUAUCACAAGAUGAUGGAGAUUCAGGAAAGAAUUAAAGAAGCUCCUGGAAAUACUCAAUUGAUGAAUAAGGAAAUCAGUUGUAGAAUUGAGUACCAACAAGCUCAUCAGAAUAUGAUUCAGUUUUUGAAACAGAAGGCGAAAAUGGAAUGGUUAAAACAUGGAGAUGAAAAUACGAAAGUUCUUCAUAGUUGUAUCAGAAGUAGGAGGAUUCAGAAUUCUCUCCAUUCUAUAUGGGAUAUGAAGGCUGGGAGGAAAUCAGUUUUAGAUAAGGUGGUGCAGUCAGGGAAGUUAGUUACUGCGCAACAGGCAGCGUUUUUACUGCAGGCUUACACCAAGGAUGAAGUAAAAACUGCUCUCUUUUCCAUUCCUAAUGAGAACGCACCAGGGCCUGAUGGAUGCCCAAAGAAGUUCAGUGAUUAUAGACCAAUUGCCUGCUGUAAUGUGGUUUAUAAAAUUGCUACCAAACUUAUCUGUUCAAGACUUAGAGAGAUAUUACCUUCAAUUAUCUCUGAAAAUCAGAGUGGGUUUGGUCAAGGCAGAAACAUAGCCCAUAAUAUCAUGAUAUGCCAAGAUUUGGUGAGGGGUUAUGGAAGGAAAAGUACUAGCUUGUCUUGUAUGAUUAAAAUUGAUCUUCAGAAAGCUUAUGACACCUUGGAUUGGAAUUUUUUGCAAGAAAUGAUGAUGGCUCUUAAUUUUCCUUCACAGUUUAUCAAGUUGGUGAUGGUUUUUGUUACUACUCCCAGAUUUUCCUUCAUGAUUAAUGGGGCUCAAAUAGGCUGUUUGAAAUCUCGGAGAGGUUUAAGGCAAUGGGAUCCUUUGUCUCCUUUGUUGUUUGUUAUUGGCAUGGAGUAUCUGUCAAGGAUAAUGGUUUCAGUUGGGCAAAAUAAGGAUUUCAAAUAUCAUCCAAGGUGUGAAUAUCUGAAACUCAAUCAUCUUUGUUUUGCGGAUGAGUUUCUUCUGUUUAGUAAAGGAAUUUUUAAAGCUAUUUAUGUUUUACUUAGAGGUUUCCAGUUGUUUACUGAUAGUUCUGGUUUGCAAGCUAACAAAACGAAGUCAGCCAUUUUUGGUGUUGGGUUGCAAGAAGGGGACUGGAAUAGAAUUACUGAUAUGACGGGGUUUUUUUGA